UUCCUUUAUGAGGUAGAGAACCUUCUCUCCAUACAAUUUGGCUUGGAAGUUGAUUUUAAUUUUUUUGUACGGUUUAAGUGAUAGCUAGGCGAAGAGUGCACAAAGAUGGGAAAAGCUCCUUGUUGUUCUAAAGUUGGGUUGCACAGAGGUCCAUGGACUCCUCGAUUUUUUUUAAUUAAUUGUAGUGUUGAAGAGAGUCUUGCUCGUUAUCGAGCUGAUACUCGUGCUGCUAAAGAACUCUUAAUUCCUGUUCGAGGGUAUGUAUCAUGUGUUGUUGGAUGCCCAGUGGAAGGACCAAUUCCUCUCUCAAAGGUGGCAUAUGUUGCUAAAGAACUAUAUGAUAUGGGUUGCUUUGAAAUCUCCCUUGGUGACACAAUUGGAGUUGGAACUAGGGCUGUGCAUGGGUCAAGUCGGGUCAGGUUUUUGUCCGACUCGACCCAAUUUGGUUUUUAUAGGUAUGAGUCAAGUUUUGGGUCAGUGGGUCAAUAUUAAAACGAGUCAGGUCUAAAACUGACCCAAAUAAAAGUGGGUCAGUAUUUAAGCCAGUUCAAAAAAUAUGGGUAUUUAUGGGUCGAGUCAAGGUCGGAUCAAGGGCAGGGCAAGUGAACCAGUUUUUUUGCACACCCCUAGUUGGAACACCUGGUAAAGAGUUAGAUGAAUUUUAUUUUAUCUUUAAAAUUCAAGUUCUCCAUGCUUGAAUAAGUUACUCUCACUAUCAUUCUUUCUUUCUAUUCACUGCCACAUACCCUACUACUCAAUUUUCCACCUUCAUACUUGAUCACUGCAGAUAUUAUCCAACUACACCCCAUGACAAAUAAUCGAAAGAGAUGUAGAUAGCUCAAAGUUUGUGGGCGUUUUCCUUCCCAUGAUCCAUAAUUCCAACAACUCAACAACUUAUUGUUUUCAAAUUUAUGCAUACCUUUGCAGGUGAAUUAAUUAAAAUAGUGUCUAUUGUCCACUGCACAUGGGUUUAACAUGAAUUAGCUUUUGUAUGUUUAACAUGGGUCUGUUUGGUUUUAUAAGGCAAGUGAUAGAUACCGUGAAUAGAAAGUGUUUCCUGUAGAAUAAUUUGGAUGUUGCAGGUAAGGUGUCAAGGAAACUCUGCUGGUGGUCUAUGAAAAGACAAUAAGGGAGAGAAUUUGCAUACACAAGAAACCAGUUAUUAAAAGAGAGAGAUACAAAAUUUUCAUGUCAUAAAAUAGUGAUAGCGUUUGUUAUGCUUGGCCAGUAGUUCUGCAUUGACAUAUUAUAAAUGUUUCCCAUUAUAAUCUCUUGCAACUUUCCCCUCUGCCUUUUACUAAGGACUCAAAAGCAUUCUAUCAUCGGGGACAUUUAUAAGAUUGAUUACUGAUAUAUGUUUAAUUUAAAUUACGGUUAAUUUAUGUGGAACU